CAAGAACUUGGAUCGUGGACACAAGGCUUUAGGCUUUUCUUGCGUAUAACGAAUUAUACGCAGGCAUAUCAAACAAAGUUUUAUUUUCAUAUAAUACAACUGCGUGAAAAGGAGCUUCUGAUUGAAAAUAGCAUUAUUUUAUGACGAGUUGCACGAAGUUCUUGGGUUUAGAUUCAAUACUCAACAAAUUUUUAAACGUAUUGGGAAGAAAUAAAAGUGUCAGGUUAUGUUAUUUAGUGACUUCUUUACAUCAGCAAGGAAUUACGUUAUUCUGUGCGCUCUGUAAUUAAACGUUCUAUUACUGGUGCUGGUAUCGAUAGAAAAAUGGACGUUCCAAAGCACACUGUACAUACGCUGGUGUUUCGUUCUUUAAAAAGAACUCAUGAUAUGUUUUUAUUAGAUGAAGACACUUUACCGCCAGUAGAUCCUGCCUUACUGCAAAUGAAGAAAGCUAUAAAAGCAAAAGAUUGUUAUGGCCCAGUUCUAGAACGUGUUAAGCAAAAUAACAUAGCCAAAAUGCAGCAAGAAAAUGAUAUCGCUGAUCCUCCGCCACCAGGAGAUGAAACGUUUGGUGCUAACGCUACCUCGGCAAUCGUUCCUUACAAUGCGACACCAGGAAACACAGGAACAGUCACAAUACCAACAGGAGGAGGAGGUAGCAGUAAUGUAGGUAGUGGCACAUUAACGAUACCACAAAAGAAAACUCCCUCAAUGGCGAAACCCACAUGGCACGCGCCUUGGAAACUGUGUAGAGUUAUCAGUGGUCAUCUGGGAUGGGUACGGUGCUGUGCCGUCGAACCUGGAAAUGAAUGGUUUGCUACCGGUUCAGCUGAUAGAGUAAUUAAGAUAUGGGAUCUCGCAAGUGGUAAAUUGAAGGUUUCCCUGACUGGCCAUAUAAGCAGUGUCCGCGGAUUGGCAAUUUCUCAAAGAAAUCCCUACUUGUUCUCUUGUGGUGAGGACCGUCAAGUUAAGUGCUGGGAUCUCGAAUACAACAAGGUAAUAAGACAUUACCAUGGACAUUUAUCGGCAAUAUAUUCAAUGGCCCUGCAUCCCAUGAUAGACGUCUUGGUAACGGCAGGACGAGAUUCUACCGCAAGGGUAUGGGAUAUGCGCACCAAAGCGAAUGUUCACACGCUCGUCGGACACACGAACACUGUCGCGAGUGUAAUUUGCCAAUCGGCCGAACCGCAAAUUAUUACCGGCAGUCACGACUGCACCAUUCGCUUAUGGGACUUGGCUGCUGGGAAAUCCAGAGCCACUUUGACGAAUCACAAGAAAAGUGUGAGGAGUAUAACAUCGCAUCCAUCACUGUACAUGUUUGCCUCGGCAUCCCCGGACAAUAUUAAACAAUGGAAAUGUCCGGAAGGGAAGUUUAUACAAAACUUGUCCGGCCAUAACGCAAUAGUAAAUUGCCUGGCCGUGAAUGGCGAAGGGGUUUUGGUUUCCGGAGCCGAUAACGGUUCCAUGCACCUUUGGGACUGGAGAACUGGAUACAAUUUCCAACGGCUACAAGCGCCAGUUCAGCCUGGGUCAAUGGACAGCGAAGCCGGUGUCUUCAGCGUUACAUUUGAUGUGUCGGGCAGUCGCAUGAUAACAACCGAAGCUGAUAAAACAAUAAAAGUAUAUAAACAGGACGAUACUGCCGUAAGUAGAUUUUGUAUAAAUAAUAUACUGCGCUCGUUAUACAUUCGAAUAAUAUUGUGUAGUCAUAUGUUUUCGGGACUGUCUGGUUAUUGUUUUUUCGACUUUGCAUUCAUUGUUAUCCGUAUUCCUUUCAGACGGAAGAGACGCAUCCCAUAAACUGGCGGCCUGACAUAAUAAAACGCAGGAAAUACUGAACUCGGAUUUGUGUUUUAACAAACUAUUUUUUACAGUAUUGACUAUUUUGUAUAUAAAUAUUUUUACGUGCUUGACAAAUCCACCGUAUUUCGGCGCGCAUUCGGCGUGAGCAGAGAACGAUAUGUUCCACGGCCAUCUUCAUCUCUACAAUCUGCCCGACACUUCUCGAACUCGAAUUCUCCGCGUGCCGUGUGUUGUAGUCAUCUUCUUUUCUUAGCGUAUUUGUCUUCAAGUUCAUAUAAUUUAGAGUCGAGUUCUGCCAUGGAGUAUGUCUGAAAUAAGAUAUUUAUCGUUAUACAUUUAUACUAUCGAAACUAUGUGUGUAUAUAUAUAUAUAUAUAACACUUACCCUUUUCUGGGUAGAUUUUGAAAGACCUUUCAAGUUAUUAAUGUCGUCUGCUACCUGUAACAAAUACAAAAAUUAUAACUUGAAAAAAGUUAUCUGAGAAAGGUAACGUGAUUUUUAUGUAAUACAAGGCUUUUCAACAACAUGCCACAAAUAAAGUGUAUAUUUCUUCACAGC